GUUCUACGAUGUACUCUUAAUUUUCUUCAUUUUCUUUGGGCAAAUAACAAAAGCAAGAUGCAUUACUCGUGUGACUAGUCACUCAUCGUUUUGCAAGAGAUUAACAUAUUAUUCUUGGAUGUGAAAAUAAAAUUAAAUUUUUGUUAGGAAAAGCAAAUUGAGAUUAUUCAUGAUAGAUGGAGUUUGAAGUUAGAACAUGAUUGGUACUUUAACGUAGAUUGAAAAUGAUAAAAAUUCUAUUGAUAGAGAAGAGGCAUAAGCAUCACAUCUCGAUCCAAUUCAUCUUUCAUGUGCAAUCAUAUAGAAGAGUUCGACAAUCUAAGUCUCCUUGAUCAUCAUCGACCACCGAAAUAGAAAUGAAGCACAAUCUUGUUGCUCUUUGUAACAAACAUGCAUGAAUCAUUUCAUAAAGUAUGUAUCCGAAUAGGUCAAAGUUUUAUAGUUAGCUCUCCGCCUUCUAGUGCACUAUUGUGUGAUAGGGAUUGUAACUUUUCAAACUCUAUAUUCCGAAGUUUAAAAUUGAAAUACAAAUCAAUUUGUAAAAUAAAUAAGUAAUUUAAAAUAUCAUUGAAAUAUUUCAAAUCUUAUUUAUGGCCAAAGGGACAGAUUAAUUGUAAAUCUUUCCUUGUUUUUUUUUCACUUGGUGUAAUCUUCUGCCUUUCCUUACUCCGGCAUAAUCCCGUCGACCUUACAUCUGAAAUCGUCACCGUAACUGCCUCUUAACGGAAAAAUGAGCACAGUGCCGGAAGAGGCAAUCGACGUGAUAUCACAAAGCAUCGGAAUAAGCAAUUUAUCACCGGAUGUCUUGCCAGCUCUCGCCGCCGACGUCGAGUACCGUAUUCGGGAAAUUAUGCAGGAGGCUAUAAAGUGUAUGCGCCAUUCGAAGAGAACUACUUUAUCUACUGAUGAUGUUGAUUCUGCACUCACCUUGAGAAAUGUGGAGCCAAUAUAUGGUUUUGCUUCGGGAGAUCCCUUACGAUUCAGGAGAGCUGCUGGGCAUAAGGAUUUGUUCUAUAUUGAAGAGAAGGAUAUAGAAUUCAAAGAUGUGAUUGAAGCACCUCUGCCGAAAGCACCAUUAGAUACUGCUCUUUUUGCUCAUUGGUUAGCUAUAGAAGGGGUACAGCCUGCUAUUCCCGAAAACCCUCCACUUGAAGCACUUGUUCUACCUCCUGAUAACCAAAAGGCAGAGUAUAAGGAGGAUGGAGUUCCUGUUGAUCUUAAAGUACCUGUUAAGCAUGUCUUAUCCCGUGAGCUUCAGCUUUAUUAUGACAAGAUUACAGAGCUUAUCAUGAACAAAUCCAACUCCCCUCUCUUCAAAGAAGCUUUAGCAAGCUUAGCAACAGACCCUGGGCUCCACCCCUUAGUUCCGUACUUCACAUAUUUUGUUGCUGAUGAGGUUGCACGGAAUUUGAAUAAUUUUGAUCUCCUUUUUGCUUUGAUGAGGCUGGUCUGGAGCCUUCUUCAAAAUUCUCAUUUACAUAUUGAACCAUAUCUGCACCAGUCGAUGCCGUCUGUAAUGACAUGCCUUGUUGCGAAAAGGCUGGGGAAUAAAUUCGCUGACAACCAUUGGGAGCUAAGGGACUUCACAGCAAAGUUGAUUGCUUUAAUAUGCAGGCGAUAUGGUCAUGUCUAUCACAGUCUCCAACCACGUGUCACGAAGACUUUGCUGCAUGCUUAUCUUGAUCCAGCUAAGGCACUGCCACAGCAUUAUGGAGCAAUUCAAGGGCUAGCAGCUCUUGGACCUGGUGUGGUUCGCCUGCUUGUGCUGCCAAAUCUUGAAGCUUAUUUGCGAUUGUUGGAGCCUGAAAUGCAGUUUGAGAAACAAAAAAAUGAAGUGAAGAGACAUGAAGCUUGGCGCGUAUAUGGGGCCUUAAUGUGCGCUGCGGGUCUAUGCAUGUAUGAGCAUUUCAAGAUGCUUCCUGCAUCUCUGUGUCAAUCAAAUCAGACAUUCCUGAAGAGUCAAUUGAAAGUCUUGACUACAUUGCCGAACAAACGCAAAACGAGCAUGGACAACAUGGUCUCACAGCCGCCAACCAAGAAAUUAGUGACAGAUGGUCCUACACCAAUGCUAUCAGAUUCUUUGCCAGCAGACAUACAAGGAGCUACCGAUGGACAUGACACAGUUCCGGCUGUUACAGAUGGGGAUUUAUCAUCAAGUGACACAGUUCUGGCUGUUAAAGAUGGGGAUUUAUCAUCAAGUCCACAAGAUUUGCAAAAUAAGAAUGUGACCGAUGUGGCGAAACCCAGCAAAAGGGAGAUUACUGGCGGGCAAAGCCAAAAAACACCAGCUGCUCCUGGUCAGGCCCUGAAGAAGGAUAUGGAUGCUGCAAAUUUGUUGCCACCUCUAUUUGAUUAUUUUGGUGAAAGUAUGUUAUUCUUUGUACCUUCCCCUGAAUUGUCAUUCUUUUUGUGAUCCUCUUCUAUGCAUCUAUAUUGUUCACAUCUCUGGGUAGUAUGUAUCUAACGUUUUAAUAUAUACUACAUUUUAUACUUUUGACCCCACA